UUCCGUCUCUCUCUCUCUCUCUCCCCUCCCCCCUCUCUCUCUCUCUCUCUAUGAGAGCUUCAGCUUAGCUCAGCUUCUGGCUUUUGAAGCACAUAGAAGGGCAUAUCAGCAUCAUGGGAAAGUACAUUCGCAAGGCCAAAACAACAGGCGAGGUCGCCGUCAUGGAUGUCUCGCAUUCCUCCCUCGGUGUCCGCACCCGCGCCCGUACUCUCGCCCUCCAGAAAUCCCCUCCCCCUCCUCCUCCCACCGCCGUAUCCGGUUCAGGUUCCUAUCUUCAGCUCCGGAGCCGCCGCCUCGAGAAGCCCCCUAUUCUUCUUCCUACCACCGACUCUGUACCCAAGCGCCACAGACAGGGACCCAACAACAGAGAAAGCUGUGCGCAGCAGCAAAAGCAAAUCAUCCCCGAUAAGGCUAAUUCUAACCCUAACUCUAACACUAGGGCGGGGUCGAGGCUGAGAGUGGCCUCCGUGGGCUCAGCGUCCGAUUGGCCGGUCUCGCUUGGGCCCUUGGACGAGGCGAAGAACGUUGUGGGUAGUGCAAAAGAGGAUGGACUUCAAGAGAAUGAGGAAAAUAGUGGCAACAACAUUGGUGAUUUGGGGGCCGAGGAAGCAUCGUUUGGAGAGAAUGUUUUGGAGUUUGAAGGUAGAGAGAGUCGUUUUGGUGACAGGAGUACUCGGGAAUCCACACCUCUCAGUUUGAUUAGGGACCCAGACACCAUAAGAACCCCUUGUUCUACCACCAGGCCUACUGGCUUGACAGAGACUAACCGCAGAACCCAGAACAGAAAUGGGAGACAUAUCCCAACAGCACAUGAAAUGGACGAGUUUUUUGCUGGUGCCGAAGAAGAGCAGCAAAGACAGUUCAUUGAGAAGUACAACUUCGAUCCUGUCAACGAGAAGCCGCUCCCAGGGCGUUAUGAAUGGGAGAAAUUAGACCCUUGAAUGACAUUAGUGUUCCAUCAGCACAUCUUUUCCUGCAUAUUCUCGGUUGGUCUUGAGCUUAGGAUUUUUGAAGUAGCAGGAAUUAGAGUUUUAGUUGGAAUGGUUGAUGGUUUUAUUUCCAUUUUCCAUCACCCUUCAAUUCACUUGUAAAGAAAGUAGGACUAUCAAAGAUAUGUGUAGACUAAUGGUCUGUAACAUAACAGAGGUUAUGACGUGUGAGUUACACAACAAAAUACAAAUCAAAGUCCUUUGUCUAACAGAUCAUCUGGAGAGGGGAAGGGAAAGAGGGUUGUACUUGUAGGGUGUAAGGUUAGGGUUCAGCCAGCUAGGUUAGUUUGUGGUACAGAAAUUUACUUAGAUUUUCCCCUUUUUUCUUAUUUUAGUACUGUAUUUUCCUCCUCUCCCCCUUGUCAUACUUGUACUGAUGGAACUUUGAAAAGCUCUAUGGAAUAAGCAUGAUCCCUUGGCCCCUUUUUAUUAUUA